AUUGUAACUGGAUAUGCAAAUAUUUUAGUGAGAAAAUGCGGGAAGAUGGCAGACUUUCAGCAUUUGUAGUUCCAUUGAUAAUAAUGGCAUCCAUGAAGUAAUUACAUUGUAAAACCGAAAGAAACCUUCCAUUGUAAGCUUGAUUCUAGAACAAGAUGCCACGCUUCAGAAGCAGAAAUCAAUUUGGUGGUUGGAAUACUUGGAACAAUAAUAACUUUCGCUCAAAUUGGGGAAUUGGCAGUACUGAAGGAAGAGGUGAUGGAGGUGGUGGUCGUAAAAAGAAGAAAAGCAGAAAACGCCAACGAACUUGGGAAUUUACAAAUGAAGAUGUGAGUUGGUUAGGGAAUCUUGUUGGUGCUCAGGGACGAGAUAUUGCACGUCAUCAUGUUAUACCAGGACUGGAUGAUGGAGAUGAAGAUUUACCCGUGGUAGAUCUAACUCAAGAAGAGUCUCGGAUCGAUUGUAACCUUGGCACUGUUAACGGAGAUAUUGUUGGCUUACAAUAUUAUAAAGGAACGGUUAAUAUUGGAGAAAUGGUGAAUCUAGAACGUGAACCUCACAAUAAAUAUGACAGGAACGCUAUCCGAGUAAUAAACAUGGAUGGUCAACAGGUCGGCCAUAUUAAACGUGAACUAGCUAAAGCUUUAGCGUUUGUCCUUGAUAAUAAAUUGGCGCGUGUGGAAGGGAUUGUACCACGUGGAUCCAACAAUACAUACACUAUGCCGAUAAAUAUAACACUAUGGGGACAAACUACAGCAAAUAACCGAAGUGAAGCUGUGUCCGUUUUAAAAUAUCAUGGUUAUUCUGUAACUAAUGCUGGACUAAGUAGCAAAGUAACAAUUGGAUCUAUGCCUGGAACAUCAACUGGUGGAAUUAGUGUAUCUGAUUACAGUCAUAUUCAAACACGCAGAACAUUCUUAUCACAAACAGAAGUACGGAAUGAGUUGGAUAAACUGUUUGAUACUCUUGAAGAAGGUGAUAAAACAACAAUGACGGAACCGGCUGUGGCUAUAAAAACUCCUCUCUACCCCCAUCAAAAACAAGCAUUAAACUGGAUGAUAUGUAAAGAAAAUAAUGAAGCCUUGCCACCAUUUUGGGAAAAAAGAGGAAAUCGUUAUUUCAACAGUUUAACGGUAUUUACAAGCAAUAAACAACCAAGAACAGUUCACGGAGGUAUAUUAGCUGAUGAUAUGGGUUUGGGUAAAACUCUGGAGGUUAUAUCGCUGAUAUUAACCAACUUCUGUAAAGGGCAGCCAUUAGCUAUACCAGUACCAGGCAGAAACAGAUAUUCACAAAAACCUCAGAGGCGAAAGCUCAAAGCUAAGAAAAUUUCAAAACAACCAUUGUCACAGAAAAAGGGAUUCGAAAAAAAGGCUGCAAAAAAUUUUGGAUCAGAUUCAGAAGAAGAGGAUCUAUUAAGGAAACAGAUUCGAAAAAUGUUAGCAAGUAAAGCACCUGGUGGUUGUGUUAGUUCUGACUCUGACUGUGAUGGGAAAGAUACAGUCAUGGAUCCAGAUAUAAUAUUUAUAUCUGAUGAUAGUCCAGAAUGCAAGCCUUCACAACAGAUGCCAUUUACCCUUAAACCAAAACCUGAUCUGGUUUUAAACAAACCAGUUUCAGUUACAUCAGAACCUAUAGUACUGUUUGAUGAUCCAGUAACUGAAGAAAUAGUUUUUCCAGAGCAAGUGGCAGAUAUUCAUCCUUCAGUUUUAUGUAAUCCUAAGCCAGAGCCUAUAAAAACUGAAACAGUUCCUUGCAAAUCAAAAUCAGUGGAUAUGGAACCUAUUACAAUUAUAGAUGAACCAGUUUCACCUGAACCGAUCUUUAUUGUAAAAAAAUCAAAACCUAUUAAAAGCAAACAGAAAGCAGUAAAACAGAAAGCGGUUUCAGAACCAGUUGAGUCUGUAAGAAGAUCUCGACGGGCUGUGAAGCAACCAGCCAGGUAUGUGGAUGAUGGAGAUGAUGAUACGGAAAUGGAGAAACCAGCUACCAAACGAUCUAGGAAAGAAGACAUUCAAAAUGUAGAAGAUUCAGUGAAAGAUAAAUCAAUAAAAGAACCAAUAAUAAUUGAUUUAUCUACACCCACACCAGUUAAACCCCUUCCAGAAUCUUCUCAGAUAGCUUCACUACCUUUAAAAAUACCAGGGUUUCAGCCACCACAAUUAGCCAUCUGCUGGUCAGAUGAGUCUAGGAAUAAGACACCAAUAUCAAGUCUUACUGCUUCAACCACACACAAUGCAACUGUUCGUUCCAAUGCAACACAGCAAUCAGAGCCUCCAGUUAAUAAAGGCAAAGGAAAGGGCAAGAAAAAGGGUAAAGGAAAGGGAAAGAAAUUAACCAAUCAGGUCGAAGAUGAUGCUCCACCUCUGCCCAGUCUACCAGCAGAAUUCAAUGAUGAAAAUAAUCCACCUGUUAAGAGCCAAUCAAUAGAUGGUAGUAAUUUUAUUUCAUCAGAUGAUAGUGCUUCUAGUGAUGAAGAUUGGUUACCUGAAUUAGGUAGUCAAGAUUUACCUUAUAACUGUGAUAAAAAUGGUAGUGAUGAUGAUAUAUUACCUGAUUUAGUCAGUAAAGAGUUACCUUUUAACAUUGAUAAGUCUGUGAUGAGUAAGUGUGAUUCUACAACUGGUAGGAUAAAAUCUUGUGGACCACGAACAACAUUAAUAGUCUGUCCUCUUUCUGUCAUGAAUAACUGGGUGAGUCAGCUUGAAGAACAUUUAAGACGUGAUGUUCAUCUAGAGAUUUAUACAUUUUAUGGUAUAAAUAGAACAACAGAUAAUAAUUUACUGGAAUCACAGGAUAUUGUAAUAUCAACGUACGGAACAGUCGCUUCCGAUUUUAAAAGUACUGAUUCAGUUUUAAAGAAAGUUCAUUGGUUGAGGAUUAUCCUGGAUGAAGGUCAUUACAUACGAAAUGCGAAAACUGUCAUGUGUCAGGCCAUAUUGGAAUUAAAAGCUGAAAGAAGAUGGGUGUUAACAGGAACACCUAUACAAAAUUCUAUCAAAGAUUUGUUUUCAUUGGUCAACUUUCUCAAGAUCAGUCCAUUAACUGAUCCGCAAUGGUGGAUUAGAACAAUAGAACGUCCAAUAGCUCUUGGAGAAGAAACAGCUAUAAAACGAGUUCAAGCUCUGAUGGCUAAUAUAGCUUUACGACGAACCAAAAACCAACAAGUUAACGGUAAAGCUUUAGUAGAGUUACCUGCCCGCGAUGUAUUUACGGAACAUGUAACUCUAUCAGAAGAUGAAAGGAAACUUUAUAGUGCUAUGCAAACAGAGGGAAAACUUAUCAUCAGCAGAUAUUUUCAGGAAGGUACAUUAUUACAUCAUUAUAGUCAAGUAUUAGCCAUAUUAUUACGAUUACGUCAGUUGUGUAUUCAUCCUAUGUUAUGUUCUAAAGCUGCUCAUGGAGUUCAAAGAGCUAUGGAAAUGUUAGGUAUGACUAAGAAUGGUCCAACAGUAGAAGUUGAUGAUGAAACUAAGAAGAAGUUAAUAGAUGCGUUGAUGGAUGUAUUAAAUUCUGGGUCUGAUGAAGAAUGUCCUAUAUGUUUAGAGAGUUUAACGUCUCCUGUUAUAACACCCUGUGCUCAUGUAUAUUGUAGAGCUUGUAUUACUAACGUCAUCAAUGUAGGGAACCCGAAUGCAGCUUGUCCUCUAUGUAGAGGUGAACUAAAAGAAGAUAAAUUAAUAGAAGUACCAAAAGAACAAGACCAAAUACAAGAUAAUCUGAUUAUUACUGAUGAAAAUUAUCAGUCCAGUAGUAAGGUGGAUGCUUUAUUAAAAUCAUUGGUUAACCUUCGAUCUGAAGAUCCUACAGUGAAGAGUAUUAUUGUCUCCCAGUUCACAUCUUUAUUAAAUCUGAUCGAAAUACCCCUCAAACUUAAUGGUUUUAAGUUUGCGAGAUUAGAUGGUACCAUGACGAAUAAAAAAAGAAUAGAAAAUAUAGACAUCUUUAUGGAUCCAUCCCCUGGCUCACCGACUAUAUUUCUACUCUCUCUUAAAGCUGGUGGUAUCGGUUUAAAUCUUACAGCUGCUUCUCGCGUCUUCCUUAUGGAUCCUGCAUGGAACCCUGCAGCUGAGGAACAAUGUUUUGACAGAUGUCACAGAUUAGGACAGAAACGAGAUGUUAUCAUUACCAAGUUUAUUGUUCAAGAUUCCGUAGAAGAAAAGAUGUUGGAACUACAGGAUCGUAAACGAGAAUUAAUGCAAGGGGCUUUCUCUAAAAAACAAUCAGCCAAUGAAAGACGUGCUAAUCGUGUGCAAGAUAUCAGAAAUCUUCUUGAUAUGUAGACUAGGACACACAGACAUUUAAUUUACUACAUUCCAUGGUAUGGUGUCUUGAUUAAAAAGACUUUUAAUUUUGAAGAGUUUGAUUUUAAAAUGUAUAUUAGCAAUAUGUUAUAUACAGCACAAAUGAGCUUUAAAUAAUAUCAUGCUUGGAAUUAAGGCACCUGUCACAGACAUUGUAAUGCACCAGUUCAGGCGUUGUUAGGAACAAUUCCUCUGGUGCCAGACAUUUUGUCUGAUGCAGAUUUAUCCUUUAUCUGUGCUUUUAAUGGUACAGGUACUAGAUGAUUAGUGCCUCACAUUUAGUCAGGUAAAACUAAAAUUGUUAUUUCAAGAUAUAUGCAUGCAACCUAUAAAUACCACACAAAAAUAUUAUGUUUUUUUUUGUAUGAAAAUAAAACAGUUUUCAGGGACAACUAAAAUCAUUAAUUCCAGGGCUGCAAUAUGUAUGUCAUUAUAAUAUCAUAUGUUAACAAUUACAAGAUAUCAUACUUGCUGGUUUCUUGUACAAAAUUUAGUUUUAUCGGCUGAAAUUUUACCAGUUACUGCGAAGAUAGUGACAUAAUAUUUUGAUAAAGAUGUUACAAUUAUUAUUUUUUAUUCAUCAUCCAUAUGUUUUUGUUCUUCCAAAUUCUAGUGCUAAAAUGUUUUUAUUGCUACAGUUUAGAAAUUGAUGCUUUCUGAUUAUCAGCAUUAUUUUAUGUGGAUGUUUUAAUAUAUUGUUUUAAACAUGUGACGUAAUUUCAGUGUUCAAGAGUCAAUUAGAUGAGUCUUAGAUCUUAUUUUCUUGAGUUUUGAGAUUGUUUUAUGUUGUUUUUUUAUUCUUUUUAUUUUGUAAUUUGUGCCAUUAAAGUAUUUUUGUUUUUUUGGUGUGAUUUAGUUAAGGAUUACUUUGACUUUGACUUCAAAAGAUUUUGUAUUUUUUACCAGUAGUCUUUUUCAAACUUCUGGAAGCCAUGGUGCCUGGUUAGUAUGUUGCUGAUUCAUUAACACGAACCAGGAGACCGCGUGUUCAUUCGGGUGAUAGGUUGUACGUGAUGAGGAGUAGGGUCGCAUGUCCAACCUCAUGGGUUUUCUCCAGGUCCCUCCCACUGCUAAAGACCCCAAUGCGCAAGGGAAUUAUUGAAAUAAAAUUAAACCAUAUGUUAGUCCCGAAAUGACCUAGUUUGUGUUGAGUGGACAUGACCAAGAAAGAUCCUUUGGGCAGUGGUCCAGGAAGAGUGUCUAAUUGUUUGAAUGGAAUGAAAAACCAAUAUUACAUGUGUACAUACUAUUGACAGCACGUUAAAGAUCCCCGGACAGUCAUCAAAAUAAGAGUAAACAAUAAGCUCCACUGUCAGGGCAAAACCUCCCUCAUAGCACAAGCAUGACAUAUUCCCAGAAAAGACAUAGAUGUUAAACCACAUUUCAUUUCACAUUGAUAUAUUGAAAUAAAACCAUGUUGUAUGUUAUACUAUAGUGUUGAAUUUGAUCAGUGCUUUCUGUUUGUAUCUUGAAUAUUUAAUAUUUAAGAUAUUUUUUUAUAUGUGAAAUGUAAAUUUGUUGUCUUGAUAAGAUGAUUCAUGCAUUUAUGUCAAGUUUGCUUUUAUUUUGUCAACCUUGUGAUAGCAAAAUGUCUGAAAAAGAUAUUGACCAUUUCCCAUUUCCCCAAUCUUCAGUGAAAUGGAUUAAAAAUAAAACACCAUGUCGUGUUUGUGUGACCAUUUAAUGGUUAACCCAUAUCAAUGUUAAUCAUAUUUUUAGCAGUUAUAAAUUAAAAUAAAAGUUGGCCAUAGUGCCGUAGUCGGAGGAAAACUUCCCUUAUAGCUCACUGGAUGGCAUGUGCCCAUCUUUAUUAGCCAUUUAUUUUAAUGGGGAACUUCUUUUAUUUGUUUAAUUAAGACCUUACUUUAUUAUCUUUGUCAUACUGUUGUGUAUUAUGUUUCUAUUGUUUCUGCAUGUGUAAUAUCAAGUCUUAAGAUAUGUUAUCAUUGAAAAUGAAUAUUUUCUUCCAACUACAUUUAUUUAAAAUGAAGGUUUUCUUCCAAAUUCAUUUACAAUGCUAUAUCAAUAUACCAUAUAAACACAGCAUUUAUCUACAUGUAUAUAUAAACACAACAUUUGGCUAUAUGUAAGCUCAAAGCUGCCAUUUGUUACUAAUACGCAAUAUAUACAGCUUUUACAUAAUCCCUGUUCUUGCAUUAGACCAAUAUAUACAGCAUUUACAUAAUCCCUGUUCUUGCAUAGACCAAUAUUACAGCAUUAACAUAAUCCCUGUUCUUGCAUAGACCAAUAUAUACAGCAUUUACAUAAUCCCUGUUCUUGCAUUAGACCAAUAUAUACAGCAUUAACAUAAUCCCUGUUCUUGCAUAGACCAAUAUAUACAGCAUUUACAUAAUCCCUGUUCUUGCAUAGACCAAUAUAUACAGCAUUUACAUAAUCCCUGUUCUUGCAUAGACCAAUAUAUAUACAGCAUUAACAUAACCCUUGUUCUUUCAUCACUAUUUACAGCAAUUACGUACAUUAGACCAAAGCUUUUAUAUUAAAUCAGAGCCAAGGUGGCUCAGUGAGUAAGGAACUGGUUCACUUCUCGGUUCAAUCAUAGUGUUAUUCAAUCAUAGUGUUAUUCAAUCAUAGUGUUAUUCAAUAUCAAUAUGUACUGUGAAGUAUUCAGCUUCAUAAUAACACAACUUUAUGGAUUUACUACUUCUUGGUUUAUUACAUGCAAUGUUUCAAUCCUCUUACAGGUAUCUUUAUCAAGCAAUGAUCAAUAAUGAAUAACAACCUUCCAUUUAUAGUACAUCCAUGAGCAAGACAAUUUAACAAUAUUAUAUUCAACAUUUAUAUAAACUGAGGUGUUAUACUAUAUAUUAAUACAGCCCUGAUCGUGAUCUAUAUUAUAGUUCACUGUAAUUAUAAUGUUAUACAACUUGUUUCUGUUAUACUAUAUAUGCAUCCUCUAUAUUAUAAUCUGUAAUUAUGAUGAUGUUAUACAAUGUGUUCGUGUAAUAAUCAUACUAUAUUAUAAUCUGUAAUUAUGAUGAUGUUAUACAAUGUGUUCGUGUAAUAAUCAUACUAUAUUAUAAUUCACUGGAAUUAUGAUGGUAUUAUACAGUGUGUUCUGUUAUAAUCAUACUAUAUUAUAAUUACGGUGAAUAAUAAUGAUGUUAUACAAUGUGUUAUAAUCAUACUAUAUAUUAUAAUUCACUGUAAUUAUGAUGGUAUUAUACAGUGUGUUCUGUUAUAAUCAUACUAUAUUAUAAUUACGGUGAAUAAUAAUGAUGUUAUUCAAUAAUUACGGUGAAUAAUAAUGAUGUUAUACAAUGUGUUCAUGUUACAAUCAUAUUAAACGAUAUACAAGUGAAAA